AUGGAAAAAUCUCCACCGAUCGAUUCGGAGUCCAGGACCAUAGGGACCGAAGAUAUCGAACCUGUUGGUCCUGGCAAGGAAGUUAAUGAGUUGGGGGGUGUUGGUGAGGCUGCAGAGGAGGAGCAGACUGCGGGCGAUAGAGCUUUAGUGCGGAAACAGGAUCUUCGGAUCGUGCCUCUCUGUGCAGCUAUCUACCUCCUAUGCUAUCUGGACCGCUCGAAUAUCGGCAACGCGAAAACACUGAAUGCGGCAACUCACAGUGACCUCCUCUCGGAUACGCACAUGACGAAUUUCCAUUAUACUAUUGCGUUGAUGGUGUUCCUGAUUGCGUAUACAAUAUUUGAGGUUCCUUCAAACUACUUUCUGAAGAAACUAAGUCCAAGCAAAUGGAUCUCUUUCUUGAUGUUCUCGUGGGGUGCUGUGACCAUCGGCCUUGGAGGUGUUGGGAACUUUGCAGGUGUGACUGCUGUUCGUUUUAUCCUGGGAAUGUUUGAAGCCGGACUCUUUCCUGGACUCGUCUAUUACUUGACUUUCUGGUACCGAACUGACGAGAGGUCCAUUCGAGUUGCGUUCAUCCUUGCUUCAGCAACUCUUGCCGGAGCUUUUGGUGGAGCCAUUGCCUACGCGGUAGGACAUAUGAAUGGAACUGGAGGUCAUAGUGCUUGGCGAUGGCUCUUUAUCCUUGAAGGCAUUCCUUCGUGUCUGUCAUCUGUAUUCGUGUUCUUCUUGCUACCCGACUACCCAGAGACCUCAAAGUGGCUCAACGCGGAUGAAAAGGCGCUUGCUGCAUCUCGGCUGCGAUUUGGGGCCUCGCACGGUCAUGAUUCGAGUUUGACUUGGGCCCAGGCCAAGGAAACAUUGACUGACUGGCGUCUCUACGCUCAUUACGCAAUCUACUUUGGCAUCUCAACCCCCUUCUCAAGCCUCUCCCUCUUUACACCCAGCAUCACGGCCGGUCUCGGCUACAAAGGCCUCACCUCCCAACUGAUGACUGUGCCACCAUACGCAGUCGCUUACCUCGUCACGAUCCUCGCCUCCUACUCCGCGGACCAUUUUAACUCGCGCGGCAUCCACUCCGCGAUCUUCUCCACCAUCGGCGCCGUCGGCUUCCUGGCUUCCGCAAUCCUCCCAGCAGAGGCGUACCAUUCCCGCUACGGAUGCCUGAUCGUAGCCGCUUCUGGAGCGUUCUCUUGCAUCCCGCCGCUGCUGGGAUGGCUGAGUUCGAACCUGCACACGACUGGUGCCGUGGGGCUGGCUAUCGCGAUCAACAUCUCGGUAGGCGCGCCGGGUCAGAUUGCGGGCGUGUGGAUCUACAAGUCGGACGAGGCGAAGAGAGGAUAUCCCACGGGGCACUGGACGAACGCCGGGCUGUUGUUGUUCGUGGCUGUUGGGUGUCUUGGCUUGAGGCUCUGCUAUGGGCUACUGAACCGGAGAAUUCUCCGGAGCGGAGAUCCGGGGGAGGCGAAUAGGCUUUACAGUUACUGA